UAGGGUUUAUGGGUUUAACCCAAUUGCGGUGGGUGUUGCUAGAUCGUGACAUUGUGGGCUGUAGGGUUUAGUUUUGAGUUAUGGACAUGGUGGGUCAAAGAUAUCAGAGUUGGGUUAGAGUGUGAGAGGGGACAGUGGUGGGUGGCUUGAGGAUAAUUUUGGGACAGUCGAGACGAGUCGAGGGGGUUUGAACUCGAAGCGGAUACUUUGUGUUUUAGUUGCAUGAUUGGUAUUUAGUCGGGGGCGUCAGUUUCUGCGUAGAGGGCGGAUGAUGCUACCCAUUGCUGUUAGGAAAUGGCGUACAAGAUCUAUGUAUCAUGUGAUCGCUGCUACUCACUUCCAGCAGCAAUUGUGUUCCCAUCACCUUGGUGGGCAUAGUACAGGGGUUAUCUCUGGAAAUGUGUCGUCGGCGAGUGGGCAGGAUGGAAUCGUCGACUGUGUCGGGUUCCCGGAUCGAUUGGUUGAAAUUCCUCAGGCGCGUUACAGACGUCAGAUGGUGAAGGAAAGGAUACAAUUAGCUUCAGGGUGUAGAUAUUAUACUGCCGGUAUUCUGAGUCCUAGAUUGGACGUUCCAGAAAUCAGUAAUUUGGAAGCAGUUGAGCGUUCGGGUGGUGAUAAGUUCAAGCUGAAGAAGAUUAACGGAGUAAUCCGAAGAAGAAAAUGGGAUGCCGAAAUGGGGAAGCAGCUCGAGAGGCUCAAGUUCAAGUUGAAUCCUGGUCUUGUGUGCGACGUGGUGGUGAAUCAGAAGGACCUCCACCUGGCCAAGUGUUUUUUUACGUGGGCAGGUCAGCAGGACGGUUACAGUCAUACUGUGGGGACAUACACUCUAAUGAUCAAACGGCUCGCCGGGGCUCAGGAGACUGACGCAGUGGUUCAAAUACUUACAGCCAUGUGGAAGGAAGGUCACCGGAUUUCUAUGCACCUUUUGACCUCUUUACUGCGUACCUUUGGCAGUACUAAUAACGUUUCCGGGGCUCUAGAGAUUUUCAAUCAGAUGAAGAGUUUUGGAUGUAAUCCAAGCACAAACAUGUACAACUUUGUGCUUGAGCUCCUCGUGAAGGGUGGUUUCUACCAUAGUGCUGUUAUUGUUUUUGGGAAAUUGGGGCAAUUUCGUAUUCAGCCAGAUGCUCAAACAUUUCGCAUUUUUGUUCAUAGUUUCAACAGAUCUGGGAGACUUGAUCCAGCAGCAGAGCCAAUUCAGGAAAUGAUCAAAUCUGGUAUUGAUCCAGGAGUUCAUACUUUCACAGUGUUAAUCGAUGCACUUGUAAAGUCUGGAAACAUUGAUGAAGCCUGCAAAUUUUUUAAUGGAAUGAAAAAUCUGAGAUGUUCACCGAACGUGGUGACAUAUACAACUCUUGUCAAUGGGCUUGCGAAGGCUGGUAGACUGGAAGAAGCAUGUGAAGUGUUUGUUGAAAUGAAGGAGAAUAAUUGUUCUCCAGAUGCGAUUGCCUACAAUACUCUUAUUGACGGUCUAGGUAAGGCAGGUGAAGCAGACAUGGCAUGCGGCCUUUUCAAGGAGAUGAAGGAUAGGGGUUUAGUGCCUAAUCUACGCACAUACAAUAUCAUGAUAUCUGUCUUGGGUAAAGCAGGUCGCCAGCCUGAAGCUUGGCAGCUUUUCCAUGACUUGAAAGAGCAAGGGGCCGUCCCAGAUGUGUUCACUUACAAUACAUUGAUCGAUGUCCUGGGCAAAGGUGGUCAAAUGGAUAAGGUCCUUGCAAUUAUCAAGGAAAUGGUAGAGAAGGGAGGAGAAUGUAUCAUCUCUAGAGAUUCUAAUGCAGGCCACGAGGGUACCAUCGAAGGAGCAGACAGGACGGUUGAAUAUCCUUCCCUAGGAUUCAAGUCCCUCGGUGAGAUCACGUAUAACACUUUGAUGUCUGCUUUUAUUCAUAACGGACAUGUGGAUGAAGCUGUCAAACUGCUGGAGGUAAUGAAGAAGCACGAAUGCAUUCCAACUGUGGUAACUUACACAACGUUGGUCGAUGGCUUGGGCAAGGCUGGGAGACUGGAUGAGGCUGUGAGUCUACUAAGGGAGAUGGAGAAACAGGGUUGCGAACCUUCUGUGGUGACUUACAGUUCACUGAUGGCUUCCUUCUAUAAGAGGGACCAAGAAGAAGAAUCCUUGAGUCUAUUUGAUGAAAUGGUUAGGAAAGGGUGUGUUGCGGAUGUAUCCACUUAUAGCUUAGUAAUUAAUUGUCUCUGCAAGUCUGACGAUGUGGACCAAGCCCUCGACGUUUUUGGGAGGAUGAAAGAAGAAGGAAUGGAGCCUCUGCUGGGGAACUACAAAACUCUGCUUAGUUCUCUUGUAAAGGAUGAGAAGAUCGAUUUUGCCUUGCAGAUUUUCAAUGAGCUACAAGAAAGCAGUUUAGUUCCUGAUACAUUCGUUUAUAAUAUUAUGGUGAAUGGGCUUGUGAAGUCCAAUCGCGUGGACGAGGCCUGCAAGUUGGUGGAUAGCAUGAAGAAUCAGAAUAUAUUGCCGGAUCUUUUCACAUACACCUCUCUUCUUGACGGUCUCGGAAAAUCGGGAAGGUUAGAGGAGGCAUUUAAUAUGUUCACCAAAAUGACGGAAGAGGGCCACGAGCCCGAUGUUGUAGCUUAUACUUCACUCAUGGAUGUCCUUGGUAAAGGAGGAAAACUCAGUCACGCGCUCAUUAUUUUCCGGGCUAUGGCAAAGAAGAGAUGUGUUCCUGAUGUUGUAACUUACAGUUCUCUCAUCGAUUCUCUCGGGAAAGAGGGCAGAGUGGAGGAAGCUUACUAUUUCUUUGAAAACUCCAUAAGCAAAGGGUGCACCCCAAAUGUCGGCGUGUACAGUAGUCUCAUUGACAGCUUUGGUAAGAAAGGAAUGGUGGACAGAGCCCUUGAACUCUUUGAGGAGAUGCAACGUAGGCAGUGCCCUCCUAAUAUUGUUACCUAUAACAACCUGCUUUCUGGGCUUGCCAAAGCUGGUAGGCUUAACGUGGCUGAGAAGCUCUUGGAGGAGAUGGAGAAGGUGGGUUGUGUUCCAGAUCUUGUUACUUACAAUAUUCUCAUCGAUGGGGUUGGCAAAAUGGGAAUGGUCGAUGAGGCUGAAAGUUAUUUCAAGCGGAUGAAGGAAAAGGGUAUAGUGCCGGAUGUGAUCACAUUCACUUCCUUGAUAGAGAGCCUUGGAAAGGUGGAUAAACUUUUAGAAGCAUGUGAGCUAUUUGAUUCAAUGGAGGAGGAGGGAUAUAAUCCUAGUGUGGUUACUUAUAACGUUCUCAUAGAUAUUCUUGGAAGAGCAGGGAAAGUGCAUGAGGCUGCGAUGAUAUUCCAUGAAAUGAAGGUGAAGGGUUGCAUGCCAGAUGGCAUCACAAUCGGAAUCAUGAAAAGAAUUUUAUCAGUCCGUGAGCAGCAGUUUCAUGCCUUAGAGGAAGGUCUAAGGCCCCUCACUCGAAUCUUGGAGUGUUCGUGGAUCUUUUACUGUGUGUCUGUAUGCGUUCCUUUGUCCAAAAUCCAAUUCAGCAAUGCAAUGUUUCUUUACUUUCUAAAACUCAAAAUUUUAGGGUUGAGGGGUUGGAGCCCUUGUGCACUCUGUUGGUGUGCAAGGUUGUGUCGUUCUUCCUAUUUUGGUUUGGAUUGUUGUUGUUCUCUCCGUUGUGACCUCGACUACCAUCAGCAUUUCACAUUUAUAAUGUGGGUUCUCGAGCCUUGCUUGUCAAAUGGGUCCCUCUUUUCUAAGCUCCAGAUUCAGCCCAUAGCCAGACCUAGAAGGAAAUGCAAUAUAGUUAUGUUUCGUGCCAUGAAUGUUACAAAAGGUGAAGAUGGAGAUAAGGGCUGGAGAACUCUUGGAUUGGGGAAGAAAUUACAGCGCUUUGAGCUUCGUAUGGACGCCGAUAAGUGGAAGUGCUCUGCAUCAUGGUUUGAUUUCAGCUCGGAAAGCUCAGCCAAGUCUGGUGCAGGAAUGACCACUGGUGAUUUCACCAUCUUGUCUCAUCUGAAAGAGCUUGGCUGCGGAGAGCUUCUUCGCAAACCUCGUGAAAUUCACUUCAGUGGAUGCAUCAACGAAUCUUAUGCAUUCCACUGCUCUGGUGGAGACUUUUUUGUGAAGAUUAAUCGGGCUUUUGAUAUGGACAGCAUGUUUGUGGGCGAAUCUGAAGCGCUCAGGCGAUUAGUGGCGACUCAGACAUUAGUUGUUCCCAGUCCGCUAGGAUGCGGUAAUUUACCAGAUGGAGGGUCGUAUAUAAUAAUGAAACAUCUGCGGUUCAGGCCCUUCGGCAUGAUGCAAGAAAGCAGUCUAUCUGCGCUAGGUCGCGAUUUGGCAAGGUUGCACUUAGCCGACUCUGGCGACCUCUUCGGUUUUCCAAUGACGACAAGGGUUGGAAUAGUUCCACUAGACAACAGCUGGAAUUCGUCUUGGUCGGAGUUUUUUGUCGAGCAACGACUAAGGGACAGGCUUGAGAGGGUGUAUGAAAUAUUGGGCGGAGACAAGACAGAUCUAGAAAUGAAAGGUGCUAUGGUUGUCGAAAGAGCAAGGUCGCUCCUCAAGGAUUAUAAUCCCAAACCGAGUAUUCUCCAUGGUGAUCUUUGGAUGGGAAAUUCCGGACUAGUCGCUACAGGAGAAGUUGCAGUUUUUGAUCCAGCAGGUUUUAUUGGUGACGCUGAAUUCGAUCUUGCGUUUGAGGGAUGGAAACCCGUUCCAGACUUCCCUGGCUUCUCUGAGGCUUUCUACACUGCUUAUCACCAAUUGCUACCGAAGAUCCCAGGAUUUGAAAAGCGUCACCAACUUUACCAGUUCUUCCACUUACUUAACCAUUUUGUUAUCUAUGGAGGAGAAUACUACACUCAUGUGAUGGAUAUGGUGGAUCGUAUUCUUGAAGACUGAAAGCGAAUGAAUUGAGAUUUAUUGCAUUGCCUUAAAUGGAACUCAGCGACGGGUAGUCAGAAAUCAUCCUCGGUGUUGUUUGUAUAACAUUUAAUUUAAUUUUAGUGCACGCAAGUGUCAAAAGGCCUUCACGUUUCUAGUGUGAA